GGAAUCGGUCGAUUCAAGUUUCAACGGCGUUAAUACUUAACAGAGUGCCGCUUGGCGCAAGAAUCUUGAUUUCCCUCCUCUGUGCUGUCACUCUAAAAUUAUUACAACAGUUAAAUAGACAUGCACCAAUGGGCGCUUACGUUAUUAAGUUUGAAAGAGUUAACAAGUGAGGUGUCCAACAUCUCCCAACUCCCAAAAUACUCUCUUCUUUUAACCUUCUCUGAUCUCUGAGCUGCCUGACAGAGAAAGAGAUAUGGUAAAAUUACCGGUUUUGACCCAUCUUUGUUUCACAUUCUUUCUCUAUAACUUCGCAACAUUCAUGACGGCUCCCGUCAUCGUCGAUGUUACCAUGUCUGCUCUUUGUCCUGGGGAAAUCGAAUGCUCCCUCGCUAUAUUACUCUCUGGAUUUCAACAAGCGAUCAUUGGGCUUGGAUCCCUUGUGAUGAUGCCUCUCAUUGGUAAUCUCUCGGAUAAGUAUGGACGGAAGGCUUUGCUGACACUCCCUAUCACUCUCACCAUAAUUCCAUUAGCCAUAUUGGCUUACAGCAGAAGCAGGAACUUCUUUUAUGCUUACUACGUCUUCAAGAUUCUGACUUCAAUGUUUUGUGAAGGAAGCGUCCAUUGCCUCUCUCUUGCUUAUGUGGCAGACAAUGUUCCGGAAGGUCGACGAGCAUCAGCUUUUGGGAUUCUUUCAGGCAUCGGGUCUUCUGCCUUUGUCUGCGGAACUCUGUCUACCCGUUUCCUCUCUACUGCUUCCACUUUCCAGGUCGCGACAGCAAUGGGGAUGCUGUCAGCGGUUUACAUGAGGGUUUUCCUCCCGGAUUCGAUCGUAAAUGAUAAUCUUUCUACUCCAAUUAUGUCAGAAGGAAAACUUGAUGGCAUUGUUAAUCAGGAUGAAGAGUCAGACAAGAAAAUUCAGAUGUUUAAAACCCUACCUUCAAUAGAAGAUAUGCUUGUCUUGUUGAAAAGCAGCUUGACGUUUUCACAAGCAGCAAUUGUUUCUUUUUUCAGCACUCUUUCCGAUGUCGGCCUCCAUGCUUCUUUACUGUAUUAUUUGAAGGCCAGGUUUCACUUCAACAAAGAUCAGUUCGCUGAUUUAAUGGUCAUCACUGGAAUUGCAGGGACUGUAUCCCAGCUUCUUCUCAUGCCCAUACUAGCUCCUGUUCUUGGAGAAGCGAAAUUGCUGUCAAUAGGGCUUUUCUUUAACUGUGUACAUAUGAUCUUGUACAGCAUUGCGUGGUCUUUUUGGGUACCUUAUGCAGCAGCUCUGUUUUCCUUAUUAUAUGUUUUUUCACAGCCAUGUAUAAGGAGCAUCGUGUCUAAACAAGUCGGACCCUGUGAGCAGGGGAAGGCUCAAGGGUUCAUAUCAGGCAUAGGUUCCUUCGCUAAUGUUGCUUCUCCCUUACUUUUCUCUCCUUUAACAGCUUUGUUCCUGUCGGAAAGAGCACCGUUUAAUUUCCCUGGUUUCAGUAUCAUGUGCGUUGGGUUUGCUUCGAUGAUAGCGUUUGUCCAGAGUCUAAUGAUAAGGGCAUUUCCUCCAAUUUCAAGUGAAAGAGUUAGCAACUUGCACUAAAUGGAGAAGGCAAGCAAGGUCUGAAUUAUUCCUUACUGAACUUUGCAUUACUCUAAAAGAGAAUAUACGUAUUAGCAACCACUGGAAAUGUUCAAAUAUAACUUCUCAAGUUGAAAUGGUGUGGAUCAGUGCUGCUGCAAGGAGCCUUGUUUCAAUUGCAUUCGCAAGAGGCACUGCAUGGUGGUUCUUCGUUCUAUAAAGCACAUGAUUUAUGAAUUUUUUUUAAAUUCAUUAUGUACCAUGUCUUUAUUUGUUUAGAAUUGGGAGUUAUGAUCCCUUGAACUUUGUAUUAUAUAGUCAGCUUUUAGUUUGUAGGUAGGGAGAAAAAACAAAGGCAUGUUUGGUUGGCAUGAAAUGAAAUGAAGCUUUCCUGCAGGUGAAACUGCAAGAAAUUUGGGGGCAUAACCAAAUUCAAGGAUA